AGCCGGCAAUUUGUAUUCGAGAGUAUGCCCCCGUCAACGUGCAAGGUGUAUAUUCCGUUGUCAUUCGGGCUCCAGCUGGCCCAGUGCGACCGCCACAGGCGCCGCGCGCUGCUGCGCCACCCCGGCUUGCGCAGCGCGGGAUGGCGCUCCUGAGCGAGUCGCAGAGGAGGGUGCUGCGCAGCGUUUGCGAGGCCUUCUGCCCCAGCCUCUCCGACGACGAGGCCAAGCGGGUGCUCCAGGAGGUCGAGGAUGCCGCCCGGAGCGCAGGACAGCCCGCGAGCCCAGAGCGGCUCGCCUCCGUCGCGGCUUGGUGCAGCUGCUCCGCGGACGAGCUGCGGCUGGCGGACGCCAUCGAGGCGUCCCUCGCGCGGAACGUGAAGCCAGCCAAUCAGCAGCAGAUGCGCCGGCUGCUCGACUUGCUGGGCACCUCGCUGGGCACUCUCCUCCUGUGCGGCCGCCUGCGGCCCUUCGCGGACAUGGCCCGGGGCGAGCGGGAGGAGUGCUUGAGUGGGCUCCAGAGGAGCGUGCUCUUUUUCCGUCGAGCGGCCUUCCGGGCGCUGAAAACGCUCACGACAGGCCAUUUCGUCAACGUCGCCAGACCCGAGGGCGGCCCGAACCCAGCAUGGGCGGCGAUGGGCUACCCGGCUCCCGCGCCCGCGGAGCAGGUGGCCGAGGAGGCGAGGGCGGCGGGAUGGGACGAGUACGUCUUCCAGAUGAUCAACUCUGGUGUCACCAGCGACGUUGAGCUGGAGGUGGACGCCGUGAUCGUGGGCUCUGGUUGCGGCGGCGCCGUCGCGGCGGCGCGCCUGGCAGACGGUAACUCCGUGCUGGUGCUGGACAAGGGCACCUAUUUCCCGCGGUCCGACAUGGACGGUACCGAGCUCUCGGGCUUCAGCCACAUGUACGAGCAAGGCGCGCUGCUGGAGACUGAGGACCAGAACGUGGUGGUCCUGGCCGGGGCGACCUUCGGCGGCGGCAGUUCCAUCAACUGGGCCUGCUGCCUCCGAACCCCGGACUUUGUGCGCGAGGAGUGGGCGUCGGCGCACGGCCUGGCGCGCUUCGGGCCCAGCAGCGCGAUCUUCGACGCCGCUUGCGAGGCCGUGUGCAAGCGGAUCGGCGUGAGGGAGGGGGACGACGUGGCGCACAAUGUGGGGAACUCUCUGAUGAUCGACGGGUGCAGGGCGUGCGGUUACUCCGUCAGGGUCACGGGCCAAAACAUGAAGUCCACCGCUCCCGACGCGCCCGGCGCGGGAAAUAUCAGCAUCGGGGACAGGCAUGGCAUCAAGAAUUCGAUGCCAGAGACUUUCCUUCAAGACGCGGCCAAGCUUGGCUGCAGAUUCGCAGAUCGCUGCCACGUCGAGAGGGUACUGCACUCCGCUGGAAGGGCAAGUGGAGUAGUUGGAACCAUUGUGGGCAAGGACGGCACGAGUCACAGUAUCACCGUCCGCGCCCGCAGGGCGGUGAUCGUCUCGUGCGGAUCCAUCCACACGCCGGCGCUGCUGCUGCGGUCGGGCCUGCCGAACCGCAAUGGGCUCAUCGGCAAGAACCUCCGGCUGCACCCCGUCGUCGCGGUCGUUGGCCUGAUGCCGGAGCCCGUGGAGGCCUGGCGCGGGGCGCCCAUGACCACCGUCAGCGACGAGGCGGCCGCGGGCACCGACGGAAGCACCUACGGGAUCAAGCUCGAGGUCCCGUCCAUGCACCCAGGCUUGGCCGCGGCACUCAUGCCCUGGUUCGGCGCCGCCCAGUUCAGGGCGAUCAUGCUGAAGGUCGCGCGCGCCUUCCCGACGAUCGCGCUCUGCCGCGACAGGGGCAGCGGAGAGGUGCGCAUCGACGGGAGCGGCAGCCCCCAGCUUCACUACCCAGUGGCGCAGCACGACCGGGAGCAGCUCGCGCGGGGCGCGGAGAUGCUGGCGCGGAUCGCGGCUGGCGCCGGGGCCGAGAGCAUCGCCGCCGGCCCCCUCAUCACGGACGGCUUCUACGGCCUUCCCCGCUUCGCGCCCGCAGGCGCGCCGGAGGAGGAGCGCCGCCGUUCCGAGCUCGAGCGGGCCGAGGCGCUGGAGCACUUCUGCGGCCUGAUCCGCCAGCGGGGCAUCCAGACAGACGGCAGGGGCACGAUCUUCUCCGCUCACCAGAUGGGCACGGCGAAGAUGAGCGCCUCCCCCGACAAGGGCGUCUGCAAGGAGACGGGCGAGGUGUGGGAGGUGAACGGCCUCUACGUGAUCGACGCCAGCCUGUUCCCCACUCCCUCGGGCUCCAACCCGAUGCUCACGACGCUGACCCUAGCGUACGACAUAGCGGGCAGGUUGCGCGACUCCCUUCGGCAGGAAGGCUCCAGCUCCCCGGUUGCACCGAGGAGCAGACUGUGAGAGGGCAGCGCGUCGUGAUGGAGGGAGGAGGGAGUCGAAAGUUGUCGGCAUUCUGGCGUUGCGCCAUCGAUUGAACCUGUCGUGGUGGUAGGCGACCAGCACGCCUUGUGUCCUGUGGCCCUAGCUUUGAAUGCCACAGGCAAGCAGCAGCAAUCACAGAAAUUCCAAAACCUGU